UGUGUCUCUCUCACUGUGUGUGUGUCAGUAGUGACUCUCGUUCUAUAUUUAACCUGCAUGCUGCUCGCCCCCCCCCUUUCACACACAUACUUGACAUAAGUGAAGUUGUGGAGAGACGACGAGCAGGAUGGAGGACUGGAUUUUUGUCCCCUUAAUGAAGACAUGUCCCCAUAAAGAGGAGGCUCCUCCACGUCGCUCUGUGGCUGAACUGGCAGGAAGAUUCAGAGACUCAGCUCCUGCACAGGAAGAUGCUGCAGGACAACAAACCGAGAAGCCGGUCAGACGACGACCACCUCACUCCCUACAGCUGCCAAAGACACACGGAGACGAACACGAGACUCCUGAUGUCACCUCACCUGCCAAAUCCAAGAGGAACUCAGCUCUGAUUGAGAAGCUUCAGGCCUCCCUCGCUCUCUCUCCCUCGGCUCAGCUGCCGUCACCAAAGAGUCCUGGCUUCAGGCUGCUGCCUCCAUCUUUCCCCCUGCCCUCACCUGGCGCCACGGUAACCACAGUAACCACCUCGUCCACACCAACCCCAACCACACCAGUCCCUGACUCUCCAAUAACCGAGGAGGAGGGUCCUACUUCUUUUGAAGCCCCUCCCACCGUGGUGGAGGGAUCCAUCCUGUCCAGCAUCAAUAAGAGUCGAGCUCGUCACUCCAUCAGACGGCGCCCUCCGUCCCGUCGCCACAAGAAGUCCAGCAGUGGAGAGGAGGUCAGUGUCGACAGUGGAACAGAAGGAGGAGGAGACCAGGAGGACGUCUUUAAGACAGAUGAUUCAAUGUGUCCAGAAAAAAAAACAAUCCACAAAAACGACGAGUCAAAGACUGAGACCAAAGCAGAAGAGGAGAAGAAAGAGGAAGGAGACAGAUCUCCAUCAGGCGGCGAGGAGAAGGAGCAGGUGCAGGAGGAGGAGGAGCAGGUGCAGCAGGAGGAGCAGGAGGAAAGUUCUGGAAAAUAAACAAACAAGGAACAAUGUGACAGAAGAAAAGACUGAAGAAAUGACAGGUCAAAGUUCGGCUCGUUGAGGACUCAAACGUUGAAUCCUGCUGCCAUGAUGACACCUGGGAGUGGGCGGAGCUUGCAGUGUGACGCAGAAGUCUGUGCAGAUUAACGAGCUUCUUUGUUUUGUAAAUAAUGACUUUUGUGUGAACAUGAAGGAAAGUCCCUGUCCUUGUUUUUAACACUUUGAGACUAACGUUGUCUUCUGUUGCGUCUCUGAUGAUGAUGUUUAUUUAAAGCUCAGGUCACAGUGAAACACUGAAGGUUCAGAAGAGUUCACCCUUUCAUUUUAACACAAAACUGGAUUUUUUUUUUUUUUUAACUGCACAGACCGUUUUUGCCUUUAAGUCUGAAAGAGAAAUUAAAACACAUAUUUUUACUGUAA